AUAUAUUCAGUUCUUUAUGAAGUAUUUUGGGUAUCUGACGUACUUGAUAAUAAAGUACACAAAGCGGAUAUUAUAGUGCUCAAUAAUUGUAUUUCAUAUACAGUCACAAGAAAAUAAACCAGGAUUAGUGAAAGUAUUACUCUUUGUGUAUUUCUUAAAAUAUUUAGGGUUUUUAUCGAUAAAAGAAAGUGAUAUCAUGGAAACAGUAACAUAAGUGAAUAUUAAACAACGUCACAUUUUUAAAUUCUUCAUAUACAAAGUCACAGUGAAACUGAAAUGUAAUGCAAUGGCAAAAUUGAUAAUAUUUUUGCUUUUUCUUACAACAUACUUCUGCAUCAGCCAUGGAUGCAGGGUGGUCGGUACGAGCUGGCCUAACCCAGUUUCAGGGAGCGUUGUAGAUACAUAUAGAGGCGUUAUUCUCGAUAUAGAAACCAGAGGAAUAGAUGGCAUAGAGAGUGUCACCUAUGGGGCAGCAAUCAAUUACACACAGUACGUAGAUUUUAACUUCAUUGAUUCACGACUGGUGGCUAGUACUAAUCCCCUUUUUGAUGAAUAUGAAGAAAAGCAGACAGUGCUUGUAAUGCAGGCAGCUGUCACUUUCCGCUGUAGUGAUGGGUCGAGCCCUGUUACUUACAAUUUUUUCAUCAAUGUCGUGGACACGAACAACAACGCGCCUCAAUUUUGGGAUGCGGUCGAACGUCAGCCACGGGACGAAUUCGAGUUUACCGUCAUAGCCCCAUUACCACCAGGGUUUGAAAUAACUGGAUGCUUGGACGACUUAAUUGUUAGAGAUAUCGACCUUACGACCUCAAGAAUUGACUUUGCUAUUGAAGACAAUGAUUACUUUGAGAUUGAGUACGGUGGUCUUACUGUUGCAAAGGAGUUCCAGGGCAUUCUGAAGACGAAGACACUCAUUAGAUCAAUACCGGAACCUAUCACGCUUACUAUUUCAGCUACGGACGUUGAUGACACUGGAGAUCCUCCGAUUACUACCAAAGGAAAAAUUACAAUAAUUGGUGACAGAGAAUUUGAAAUGCCUGAAGAGCCUGUUUUCACGAAGGCUUUUUAUCUCGCCGACUACACGGAGGACAAUCGAGUGGUUCUUGAAGAAACUAUUUCUCUACGAAGCGGAUAUCACUCAGAUGUGGAUUUUAGUAUAGAAGGAGAAUUUAAGAACAAUUUUGAGAUCGUCACGAAUCCACAAUACGAGAAUCAGAUGUCCAUCGGUGUGACCAUUCCUUUGACGGGCGAUGUUCUUGAUCAACCAAAUGUUCUGCUAGCCGUGAAAGCCAACAGGGAGCACACAAGUGGAGCCUCGACAACUGUCGUGGUACGACUGCCUCAAGGGAUUCCGCUGGAAUUUGAAAGAGCUCAUUACGAGGGAACGAUCGAAAACAAUAUCCUUGAUGUUCCACCACUCAUUUUAACUCAAGGAUACGAGGGCACAGUUGUAUCUGCAAACGUCAUAAGUGAUUACACAUCGAAUUUCAACGCAGUUGUUCAAGGAAAUACAAUCACGUUAUCAAUGACUCCAUUGGCAGAAAGUAUUAUAAACCAGAAUAGUUUCAUUUAUCUCCAAAUAGUGGCUUCUACUGACCGUAGUAUAACAACGACUGUCGUCACCUUGGAAAUAAUAAAAGAUGAUAACAUAACGCCGGUAUUCAAUCAACCCAUAUACACAGGAUCUUAUAACCCCGGAGCUGAUUUGUCCAUCGAACAAAUCUCAUUUACACAGGGAUAUGAUGGAAUCGACUCACUGGAGUUAUUUGGAGACAAUUCAAACUACUUCACCGCGACGCGAUUAGGUGCGUCUGUAAGAAUUACGGUGUCCACAAUUCCGCCUGCACUGUACAGCUUGGGACGCAUCGUGUUGUCCUUAGGAGCCACAAAACCGAGAACAGUGGGUGCCAGCGCUACUCUCAUCAUCAACUUACCAGGAGCUAGAGAAUUGGGAUUCGAAUCAUCUACUUAUAGAGGCAGUUUGCAGAAUAAUGUGCUUACUCUUGAUCCCAUUCCGUUAACGCUUGGAUAUGAUGAAAACAUUGAUUUUUCUUUAACUGGAGAUUACGCCAGUUACUUCAGAGUAUCAAAGGAAGAAAAUAGGGCUAUCAUUCGCUUAGAAACACCGAUACCGAACGAGGUUAUAUUAGAAAACAAUAUCGUAAUGUUGACGCUCGCCGCAUCUGGUCUUAACGCUGUAACGACCACCACAAGUGUACUCCUGGAUAUAAUAAAGGAUGACACAACGACACCUGUAUUCAGUCGUAAUAUUUACUACGGCACAUACUUGGGCUCCAACAUUAAUAUCGACGAUAUUAUCUUGACACAGGGCUAUGAUAGUAGCGUUACCUUCAGGCUUGAUGGUGAUCAUGCACAAUACUUCGAUGUAUCAAACACCGGAAACAGAGUCGAGAUAGUUCAGCUAUCUCCCAUUCCUGAGGGCGUUAUUCACAAUGAGAAGGUUUUGGUUUUCAACGUUUUAGCUUUAAAAGCACUUACUGUUGGCGCGAACGCGGCUGUUUCAAUUAGUUUCCCGUCAGAAUUGACAGACCCUGUCGUUAUGCGGUUUGCGCAGAAUACUUACACCGCCACAAUCGACAACAAUGGACUGACGGCUGACCAUAUUGUUCUCAGCACGGGAUAUGCACCAGGAACUGAGUUUGUACAUACUGGAGACUAUUCAAGCUAUUUCUCUAUAACGCCAAAUGAGAACAGAGUAACAUUAUCGCUGCUCAAUCCUCUACCAACUGACGUUAUACCAAACUCAUUCGUAGUAUUGGAAAUAGCGGCAACCAGAGAGAGGGCUGUAUCUGCCUCAACCAGUAUAGUCGUUGAUAUAAUUCAAGAAGAAAUUGUUCCGCCAAAAUUCACCCAGCCAUUCUAUAGAGGUGUUUAUGAUCCUGAAUCGGGUUUGCAGUUUAACGAAGUAAUUUCCUUAUUGUACGGUCACGACGACACGGUAGAUUUCCAUCUAGACGGAGAAUUCUCAUCACUGUUCAGGUUGGUUGAGUUGGACAGUAAAUCUAGAAGCAUAGAGGUUUUGGCUCCGAUAUCGGAAGAGGUAUUAAAAGAUAAUAGUCACUUGUUAUUCACUGUUGUGGCGACGAAGCCGGGAUCAUACACUGCACGUGCAACAAUAUCUAUCGAUAUUGUGAAAGAAAGUCCACAAGGCACUCUUGGAUUCGAUCGAGUGACAUACCUCGGCACUAUACAGAAUGACGUGGCACACGUUGGACCGAUUACUAUCAUCCAAGGGUUCACUGAUGACGUCACACUCGCUUUGUACGGAGAUCUGGCGGUCUACUUCACCACUCGGAGGGAGGCUUCUGUAGUCACAGUCACGAUGGUGACGCCCAUUCCGAGAGAACUGAUACCAGAUAACCGUAUAAUAGUGCUGGAAAUACGAGCGUCAUCACCACAAGCGAACACCGCUUUCGCCACCAUAGUACUCGAAGCUAUUCUCGAGGACGACACUCCCCCAACGAUUCAGCUAGCGUUCGACGCGCCGUUCUACACAGGAUCGUACAACACGAUUGAUGGUCUACGUCUUGACACGUCCAUCGCUUUAGCCGGAGGGCAUGACGCCAACACUCAGUUCGGCCUCCAAGGAGAAAACUCUCAGUGGUUCAGCGUAAGCCCAGGUUCGAAUACCGUCACUAUUGUGGUGUCCAGUGCGAUCCCGGAGGCCGUGCUAGCAAGCAAUCGGAAAUUCGUCUUCCUCAUCACAGCGCAGAGACCGGGAGCUCUCUCAGCGCAAGCGACGAUUGUCAUAUCUCUCACUGCGGACGAAAGCCCACAAGGCCCCACUCUUGGAUUCGAUCGAGUGACAUACCUCGGCACUAUACAGAAUGACGUGGCACAAGUUGGACCGAUUACUAUCAUCCAAGGGUUCACUGAUGACGUCACACUCGCUUUAUACGGAGAUCUGGCGGUCUACUUCACCACUCGGAGGCUUCUUGCGAUCCCGGAGGCCGUGCUAGCAAGUAAUCGGAAAUUCGUCUUCCUCAUCACAGCGCAGAGACCGGGAGCUCUCUCAGCGCAAGCGACGAUUGUCAUAUCUCUCACUGCGGACGAAAGCCCACAAGGCCCCACUCUUGGAUUCGAUCGAGUGACAUACCUCGGCACUAUACAGAAUGACGUGGCACAAGUUGGACCGAUUACUAUCAUCCAAGGGUUCACUGAUGACGUCACACUCGCUUUGUACGGAGAUCUGGCGGUCUACUUCACCACUCGGAGGGAGGCUUCUGUAGUCACAGUCACGAUGGUGACGCCCAUUCCGACAGAACUGAUACCAGAUAACCGUAUAGUAGUGCUGGAAAUACGAGCGUCAUCACCACAAGCGAACACCGCUUUCGCCACCAUAGUACUCGAAGCUAUUCUCGAGGACGACACUCCCCCAACGAUUCAGCUAGCGUUCGACGCGCCGUUCUACACAGGAUCGUACAACACGAUUGAUGGUCUACGUCUUGACACGUCCAUCGCUUUAGCCGGAGGGCAUGACGCCAACACUCAGUUCGGCCCAAGGAGACACCGGGAGCUCUCAGCGCAAGCGACGAUUGUCAUAUCUCUCACUGCGGACGAAAGCCCACAAGGCCCCACUCUUGGAUUCGAUCGAGUGACAUACCUCGGCACUAUACAGAAUGACGUGGCACAAGUUGGACCGAUUACUAUCAUCCAAGGGUUCACUGAUGACGUCACACUCGCUUUAUACGGAGAUCUGGCGGUCUACUUCACCACUCGGAGGGAGGCUUCUGUAGUCACAGUCACGAUGGUGACGCCCAUUCCGACAGAACUGAUACCAGAUAACCGUAUAGUAGUGCUGGAAAUACGAGCGUCAUCACCACAAGCGAACACCGCUUUCGCCACCAUAGUACUCGAAGCUAUUCUCGAGGACGACACUCCCCCAACGAUUCAGCUAGCUUUCGACGCGCCGUUCUACACAGGAUCGUACAACACGAUUGAUGGUCUACGUCUUGACACGUCCAUCGCUUUAGCCGGAGGGCAUGACGCCAACACUCAGUUCGGCCUCCAAGGAGAAAACUCUCAGUGGUUCAGCGUAAGCGCAGGUUCGAAUUCCGUCACUAUUGUGGUGUCCAGUGCGAUCCCGGAGGCCGUGCUAGCAAGUAAUCGGAAAUUCGUCUUCCUCAUCACAGCGCAGAGACCGGGAGCUCUCACAGCGCAAGCGACGAUUGUCAUAUCUCUCACUGCGGACGAAAGCCCACAAGGCCCCACUCUUGGAUUCGAUCGAGUGACAUACCUCGGCACUAUACAGAAUGACGUGGCACAAGUUGGACCGAUUACUAUCAUCCAAGGGUUCACUGAUGACGUCACACUCGCUUUGUACGGAGAUCUGGCGGUCUACUUCACCACUCGGAGGAGGCUUCUUGCGAUCCCGGAGGCCGUGCUAGCAAGCAAUCGGAAAUUCGUCUUCGUCAUCACAGCGCAGAGACCGGGAGCUCUCUCAGCGCAAGCGACGAUUGUCAUAUCUCUCACUGCGGACGAAAGCCCACAAGGCCCCACUCUUGGAUUCGAUCGAGUGACAUACCUCGGCACUAUACAGAAUGACGUGGCACAAGUUGGACCGAUUACUAUCAUCCAAGGGUUCACUGAUGACGUCACACUCGCUUUGUACGGAGGUAAAUUCCCGAGCUCAAUUACUCUGCACGAACCAUCUGGCGGUCUACUUCACCACUCGGAGGCUUCUGUAGUCACAGUCACGAUGGUGACGCCCAUUCCGACAGAACUGAUACCAGAGAACCGUAUAGUAGUGCUGGAAAUACGAGCGUCAUCACCACAAGCGAACACCGCUUUCGCCACCAUAGUACUCGAAGCUAUUCUCGAGGACGACACUCCCCCAACGAUUCAGCUAGCGUUCGACGCGCCGUUCUACACAGGAUCGUACAACACGAUUGAUGGUCUACGUCUUGACACGUCCAUCGCUUUAGCCGGAGGGCAUGACGCCAAUACUCAGUUCGGCCUCCAAGGAGAAAACUCUCAGUGGUUCAGCGUAAGCCCAGGUUCGAAUACCGUCACUAUUGUGGUGUCCAGUGCGAUCCCGGAGGCCGUGCUAGCAAGCAAUCGGAAAUUCGUCUUCCUCAUCACAGCGCAGAGACCGGGAGCUCUCUCAGCGCAAGCGACGAUUGUCAUAUCUCUCACUGCGGACGAAAGCCCACAAGGCCCCACUCUUGGAUUCGAUCGAGUGACAUACCUCGGCACUAUACAGAAUGACGUGGCACAAGUUGGACCGAUUACUAUCAUCCAAGGGUUCACUGAUGACGUCACACUCGCUUUAUACGGAGGUAAAUUCCCGAGCUCAAUCACUCUGCACGAACCAUCUGGCGGUCUACUUCACCACUCGGAGGAGGCUUCUGUAGUCACAGUCACGAUGGUGACGCCCAUUCCGACAGAACUGAUACCAGAUAACCGUAUAGUAGUGCUGGAAAUACGAGCGUCAUCACCACAAGCGAACACCGCUUUCGCCACCAUAGUACUCGAAGCUAUUCUCGAGGACGACACUCCCCCAACGAUUCAGCUAGCGUUCGACGCGCCGUUCUACACAGGAUCGUACAACACGAUUGAUGGUCUACGUCUUGACACGUCCAUCGCUUUAGCCGGAGGGCAUGACGCCAACACUCAGUUCGGCCUCCAAGGAGAAAACUCUCAGUGGUUCAGCGUAAGCGCAGGUUCGAAUUCCGUCAGUAUUGUGGUGUCCAGUGCGAUCCCGGAGGCCGUGCUAGCAAGCAAUCGGAAAUUCGUCUUCCUCAUCACAGCGCAGAGACCGGGAGCUCUCUCAGCGCAAGCGACGAUUGUCAUAUCUCUCACUGCGGACGAAAGCCCACAAGGCCCCACUCUUGGAUUCGAUCGAGUGACAUACCUCGGCACUAUACAGAAUGACGUGGCACAAGUUGGACCGAUUACUAUCAUCCAAGGGUUCACUGAUGACGUCACACUCGCUUUGUACGGAGAUCUGGCGGUCUACUUCACCACUCGGAGGGAGGCUUCUGUAGUCACAGUCACGAUGGUGACGCCCAUUCCGACAGAACUGAUACCAGAUAACCGUAUAGUAGUGCUGGAAAUACGAGCGUCAUCACCACAAGCGAACACCGCUUUCGCCACCAUAGUACUCGAAGCUAUUCUCGAGGACGACACUCCCCCAACGAUUCAGCUAGCUUUCGACGCGCCGUUCUACACAGGAUCGUACAACACGAUUGAUGGUCUACGUCUUGACACGUCCAUCGCUUUAGCCGGAGGGCAUGACGCCAAUACUCAGUUCGGCCUCCAAGGAGAAAACUCUCAGUGGUUCAGCGUAAGCGCAGGUUCGAAUUCCGUCAGUAUUGUGGUGUCCAGUGCGAUCCCGGAGGCCGUGCUAGCAAGCAAUCGGAAAUUCGUCUUCCUCAUCACAGCGCAGAGACCGGGAGCUCUCACAGCGCAAGCGACGAUUGUCAUAUCUCUCACUGCGGACGAAAGCCCACAAGGCCCCACUCUUGGAUUCGAUCGAGUGACAUACCUCGGCACUAUACAGAAUGACGUGGCACAAGUUGGACCGAUUACUAUCAUCCAAGGGUUCACUGAUGAUGUCACACUCGCUUUGUACGGAGGUAAAUUCCCGAGCUCAAUUACUCUGCACGAACCAUCUGGCGGUCUACUUCACCACUCGGAGGCUUCUGUAGUCACAGUCACGAUGGUGACGCCCAUUCCGACAGAACUGAUACCAGAUAACCGUAUAGUAGUGCUGGAAAUACGAGCGUCAUCACCACAAGCGAACACCGCUUUCGCCACCAUAGUACUCGAAGCUAUUCUCGAGGACGACACUUCAACGAUUCAGCUAGCGUUCGACGCGCCGUUCUACACAGGAUCGUACAACACGAUUGAUGGUCUACGUCUUGACACGUCCAUCGCUUUAGCCGGAGGGCAUGACGCCAAUACUCAGUUCGGCCUCCAAGGAGAAAACUCUCAGUGGUUCAGCGUAAGCCCAGGUUCGAAUACCGUCACUAUUGUGGUGUCCAGUGCGAUCCCGGAGGCCGUGCUAGCAAGCAAUCGGAAAUUCGUCUUCGUCAUCACAGCGCAGAGACCGGGAGCUCUCUCAGCGCAAGCGACGAUUGUCAUAUCUCUCACUGCGGACGAAAGCCCACAAGGCCCCACUCUUGGAUUCGAUCGAGUGACAUACCUCGGCACUAUACAGAAUGACGUGGCACAAGUUGGACCGAUUACUAUCAUCCAAGGGUUCACUGAUGACGUCACACUCGCUUUGUACGGAGAUCUGGCGGUCUACUUCACCACUCGGAGGGAGGCUUCUGUAGUCACAGUCACGAUGGUGACGCCCAUUCCGACAGAACUGAUACCAGAUAACCGUAUAGUAGUGCUGGAAAUACGAGCGUCAUCACCACAAGCGAACACCGCUUUCGCCACCAUAGUACUCGAAGCUAUUCUCGAGGACGACACUCCCCCAACGAUUCAGCUAGCGUUCGACGCGCCGUUCUACACAGGAUCGUACAACACGAUUGAUGGUCUACGUCUUGACACGUCCAUCGCUUUAGCCGGAGGGCAUGACGCCAAUACUCAGUUCGGCCUCCAAGGAGAAAACUCUCAGUGGUUCAGCGUAAGCCCAGGUUCGAAUACCGUCACUAUUGUGGUGUCCAGUGCGAUCCCGGAGGCCGUGCUAGCAAGCAAUCGGAAAUUCGUCUUCGUCAUCACAGCGCAGAGACCGGGAGCUCUCUCAGCGCAAGCGACGAUUGUCAUAUCUCUCACUGCGGACGAAAGCCCACAAGGCCCCACUCUUGGAUUCGAUCGAGUGACAUACCUCGGCACUAUACAGAAUGACGUGGCACAAGUUGGACCGAUUACUAUCAUCCAAGGGUUCACUGAUGACGUCACACUCGCUUUAUACGGAGAUCUGGCGGUCUACUUCACCACUCGGAGGGAGGCUUCUGUAGUCACAGUCACGAUGGUGACGCCCAUUCCGACAGAACUGAUACCAGAUAACCGUAUAGUAGUGCUGGAAAUACGAGCGUCAUCACCACAAGCGAACACCGCUUUCGCCACCAUAGUACUCGAAGCUAUUCUCGAGGACGACACUCCCCCAACGAUUCAGCUAGCGUUCGACGCGCCGUUCUACACAGGAUCGUACAACACGAUUGAUGGUCUACGUCUUGACACGUCCAUCGCUUUAGCCGGAGGGCAUGACGCCAACACUCAGUUCGGCCUCCAAGGAGAAAACUCUCAGUGGUUCAGCGUAAGCGCAGGUUCGAAUUCCGUCAGUAUUGUGGUGUCCAGUGCGAUCCCGGAGGCCGUGCUAGCAAGCAAUCGGAAAUUCGUCUUCCUCAUCACAGCGCAGAGACCGGGAGCUCUCUCAGCGCAAGCGACGAUUGUCAUAUCUCUCACUGCGGACGAAAGCCCACAAGGCCCCACUCUUGGAUUCGAUCGAGUGACAUACCUCGGCACUAUACAGAAUGACGUGGCACACGUUGGACCGAUUACUAUCAUCCAAGGGUUCACUGAUGACGUCACACUCGCUUUGUACGGAGAUCUGGCGGUCUACUUCACCACUCGGAGGGAGGCUUCUGUAGUCACAGUCACGAUGGUGACGCCCAUUCCGACAGAACUGAUACCAGAUAACCGUAUAGUAGUGCUGGAAAUACGAGCGUCAUCACCACAAGCGAACACCGCUUUCGCCACCAUAGUACUCGAAGCUAUUCUCGAGGACGACACUCCCCCAACGAUUCAGCUAGCGUUCGACGCGCCGUUCUACACAGGAUCGUACAACACGAUUGAUGGUCUACGUCUUGACACGUCCAUCGCUUUAGCCGGAGGGCAUGACGCCAACACUCAGUUCGGCCUCCAAGGAGAAAACUCUCAGUGGUUCAGCGUAAGCGCAGGUUCGAAUUCCGUCAGUAUUGUGGUGUCCAGUGCGAUCCCGGAGGCCGUGCUAGCAAGCAAUCGGAAAUUCGUCUUCCUCAUCACAGCGCAGAGACCGGGAGCUCUCUCAGCGCAAGCGACGAUUGUCAUAUCUCUCACUGCGGACGAAAGCCCACAAGGCCCCACUCUUGGAUUCGAUCGAGUGACAUACCUCGGCACUAUACAGAAUGACGUGGCACAAGUUGGACCGAUUACUAUCAUCCAAGGGUUCACUGAUGACGUCACACUCGCUUUGUACGGAGAUCUGGCGGUCUACUUCACCACUCGGAGGGAGGCUUCUGUAGUCACAGUCACGAUGGUGACGCCCAUUCCGACAGAACUGAUACCAGAUAACCGUAUAGUAGUGCUGGAAAUACGAGCGUCAUCACCACAAGCGAACACCGCUUUCGCCACCAUAGUACUCGAAGCUAUUCUCGAGGACGACACUCCCCCAACGAUUCAGCUAGCGUUCGACGCGCCGUUCUACACAGGAUCGUACAACACGAUUGAUGGUCUACGUCUUGACACGUCCAUCGCUUUAGCCGGAGGGCAUGACGCCAACACUCAGUUCGGCCUCCAAGGAGAAAACUCUCAGUGGUUCAGCGUAAGCCCAGGUUCGAAUACCGUCACUAUUGUGGUAUCCAGUGCGAUCCCGGAGGCCGUGCUAGCAAGCAAUCGGAAAUUCGUCUUCGUCAUCACAGCGCAGAGACCGGGAGCUCUCUCAGCGCAAGCGACGAUUGUCAUAUCUCUCACUGCGGACGAAAGCCCACAAGGCCCCACUCUUGGAUUCGAUCGAGUGACAUACCUCGGCACUAUACAGAAUGACGUGGCACAAGUUGGACCGAUUACUAUCAUCCAAGGGUUCACUGAUGACGUCACACUCGCUUUAUACGGAGAUCUGGCGGUCUACUUCACCACUCGGAGGGAGGCUUCUGUAGUCACAGUCACGAUGGUGACGCCCAUUCCGACAGAACUGAUACCAGAUAACCGUAUAGUAGUGCUGGAAAUACGAGCGUCAUCACCACAAGCGAACACCGCUUUCGCCACCAUAGUACUCGAAGCUAUUCUCGAGGACGACACUCCCCCAACGAUUCAGCUAGCGUUCGACGCGCCGUUCUACACAGGAUCGUACAACACGAUUGAUGGUCUACGUCUUGACACGUCCAUCGCUUUAGCCGGAGGGCAUGACGCCAACACUCAGUUCGGCCUCCAAGGAGAAAACUCUCAGUGGUUCAGCGUAAGCCCAGGUUCGAAUACCGUCACUAUUGUGGUGUCCAGUGCGAUCCCGGAGGCCGUGCUAGCAAGCAAUCGGAAAUUCGUCUUCGUCAUCACAGCGCAGAGACCGGGAGCUCUCUCAGCGCAAGCGACGAUUGUCAUAUCUCUCACUGCGGACGAAAGCCCACAAGGCCCCACUCUUGGAUUCGAUCGAGUGACAUACCUCGGCACUAUACAGAAUGACGUGGCACAAGUUGGACCGAUUACUAUCAUCCAAGGGUUCACUGAUGACGUCACACUCGCUUUGUACGGAGAUCUGGCGGUCUACUUCACCACUCGGAGGGAGGCUUCUGUAGUCACAGUCACGAUGGUGACGCCCAUUCCGACAGAACUGAUACCAGAUAACCGUAUAGUAGUGCUGGAAAUACGAGCGUCAUCACCACAAGCGAACACCGCUUUCGCCACCAUAGUACUCGAAGCUAUUCUCGAGGACGACACUCCCCCAACGAUUCAGCUAGCGUUCGACGCGCCGUUCUACACAGGAUCGUACAACACGAUUGAUGGUCUACGUCUUGACACGUCCAUCGCUUUAGCCGGAGGGCAUGACGCCAACACUCAGUUCGGCCUCCAAGGAGAAAACUCUCAGUGGUUCAGCGUAAGCGCAGGUUCGAAUUCCGUCACUAUUGUGGUGUCCAGUGCGAUCCCGGAGGCCGUGCUAGCAAGCAAUCGGAAAUUCGUCUUCCUCAUCACAGCGCAGAGACCGGGAGCUCUCUCAGCGCAAGCGACGAUUGUCAUUGCAGUAACUGAAGGUUCAUCCAAUGGAAAUGAUGCCGAGUUUGAAUAUGCUUUCUACGAAGGAGUUAUUCAAGGCAAUGAUGUCCGACACGAGUUAGUCAGAAUAUUUGGCUACGAUGGCACUACAGUGGAUGUUAUUGGAGAUUAUUCGAGUUUGUUUAUGGCUCGCGCUUUGGAUGGGGUAGUAACAGUGGGAGCGUCUGGUACGUUGAACCUGCCUGAUGACGUCACACGGGUGGUUCUUGAACUUCAAGCAGCAGGGGCCAGAACAGCUAUGGUUUUGAACGUCGAACAAUCAGAUGCUCCUAUACUUCCAACGGUGACAUUCUCCUCCGAAACAUACGAGGUUACCGUCGGGAUAGCACAGACCGGCCUCAUAGGUCGAGUUUCAGCAACCACUAACAACGGCGAGGCAGUCACCUACUCACUUGGAACACUCAAUGCACAUCUUCAAACACGUCUUAGUAUAAACAAUGAAGGGGAACUACAUUUGUCUGCUCCGGCUAACAGCGGCGUCUACACUUUCCAAGUUGUUGCCACUUCAGUUAUUACACAAGCUACAGGCACGGCUACGGUAACUUUAGCAGUAGAAGCAGUCACAGUAUGUGAAGAUGGCGAGAUCGUAGUCCCACCUCUGAUCAUAAUCGACAGAGAUGAGGAACAAGCUCACAGGAACUUAGUUGUACUAGACCCUGAACAACAGAGUGGCUGCCACUACACCAUGACCCACCGUUGGCCCACUAAUGCUAAUUGGCUGUAUGUCGAUGAAAACGGACUGCACGCCAACGUCAUCGACAGAGAGCAUCCAUCUAUAGCAUUCAUGGCACUUUCUCAAGUUCAAGUAGAACUUAUCUUACAUUGCGAAAAUGAUAACCCCGGCAGAUCGAAACGCUCAGAGAGAACUGAUUGGCUCGGUCCCUACGACUACGGUAGCAAUAAGUGGAUUCUCACAGACACGAUCCUGUACAACUCUAGACGAAGCUUAGUGAAUCUAAUAGUAAACGACAUUAACGAUAACGAUCCGAUAUUCGUCGGUAAAGAACACGAACCCAUUGUAGUCGGAUAUCCCACUGAUGAUCUCGAAGAGAGGAUAUUACCCCGAUCUUUGGUGGAGUUAAAGGCAACCGACGCAGACGUAGGAGAGAAUGCGCAGUUGAUGUAUUCGAGUGCAGAAAGUUCGCUGGCAGUGGCGCCAACCACGGGAUUCGUUCACGUGCGCAGUGGAGCAACCCUCGUGCAAGACCAGAUCCUCACUGUCAGAGCCACUGAUCAAAACGGCAAUGGUCGUACUGGCACUAUACAGCUGAUGGUAAAACUAUUAGACUUGAGCCAUAUCGCGGUAGUGACGGUAAGAGAUGCCUUCCUAGACGACGAAACGACAGUUUUGAAUCAGUUAAGUGCCGCGGUUGGGUAUGAAGUUAAAUCAUUGAGGUCAGUCGUCAUAUCUGAUGACAUAGAUGGAGACGUUACCAGGAAGACACGUGAAGCUAACAACGGCGGUGCCUCUCUACAACUUUACGUUUACGGAUUAAUUGCAAGAGAACCUGUAGUCGUGGAACGUCUUACUACUGAUAUAAGUACCAACGCUGCAAAUGUAAACGUGAUAAGUACUCUAACACUGGAAGAUCAUCUAGAAGAUAUGUACAUAUUCGAACGUGACAUUGGGUUGUUAGUAGCCACGAUCGUCCUUAGCGUUCUUCUGUUUAUGCUCAUCGUAGUGAUAGCCAUUUGGUUCUUCCUUAGAUGGAGGAAAAGCAAAAAGUAUAACGAACUCAGUGAAGAGAACAGCAUAGCAUCCAGAAAUAGUUCGCUUGGUGAAGUACCAAAACCUGAACCUAUGAAACCGAGACUGAACAUUGAAGAUCUGAAAAGGAGCGAAAAGAGAUUGCAAGAAAGGUUGGAAGCUCCCAUUGAAGAGAUUUCAGUAGAACCAAUGACUUCGAGAAAACUCGAAAGUCCUGUUGAAGCUAUACUUGACAUGCCUGUACCUGAAGUUAGUCCACCAAUACCAAUAGUUAUCCAGUCAAUAGAUAAAUUGAAAGAUGCCGAUGAUGAUGACGACACGGAUGACGAAUUUGGGGAGGUUACAGCACCGAGAAAAUCUGUGGUUACUUUCAAUGAAAACGUAGAAAAAAUUAUAACCGUUGAAGAUGAUGCUGAAGACGACGGCGAUAGCUCACAAGCUGGGUAUGAAGUUUACAGGUUAUAAUGACUCAGAA